AUGCAGCGUCGCCACAGUGCCUCCCCUAGUGUUCGCCCGGAAGGAAAGGCAAAACUAACCACUCGCGCUAGCAGUGCACGUGUAAAGCGGGCAGUCGUGCAGGAGGCCCCGCAGGAUGAUGUGGCUUAUUACACACAACGCCUGAAGGAACUCGCCGCCCAACAUGCGAAGUUGGAAUUGGAGUAUCAACGCAAACUCGCCGCCAAUCGCCGGGCUAUUCGACAAAUGCAUGAUGAGAACACACAUCUCCGCACCAUUCGGGCCGGUGGUGGUGAUGUCACCGAGACGGAAAUGGAACAUCUCGAGCAGCGGCGAUUUGUGGCUGUACGGCGGCUCAAUAGAAUGGUCCAUCAAAUUGAAAAGAUGGAAGAAGAUAUUCGUAAGGAAGAGAAUGAGCACAAACUCAGUAGGGAGCAUGAGGAACAACUUCAAUCCCCAUUGCGAGAAGCGAUUAGUGGAAGUCAAAGUGUAGCUUUACGGAUUCAAAAACUUGAGAAACAACUGGACACCACCCUCUCAGAGCAGCAGUGUGUUUUGUGUAUAAAGAAGAAUUAUGAAGAAAUGUUGGAACAGUUGCGUGCGGAAGGUAUUAGUCGAGAAGCACGUGUCUUUGCAAUGGAGGCGGACCUUAACGCCAGACACAAAGAUUACGGAAGACUUGUAGUGAUGUAUAAAAAUGCAAAUUCAGAUUAUCAGUAUGUUCGAGAUCAAUUGCAUAAAUUUACAGAAUCAUUUCUUAAAUCUCGAUCUUUAAAAGACAAAGCCCUUGCAGAGCGUCGUGAACAUGUAGAGCAACUCCUUAGGGAAACACAACGACUGGAACAGCGGGAGGUGGAUUUACAACAUGAGAUUGAAUAUGAACAACAACGAAUGGAUGAAGUACAGACAGAACGGCAUGCAGUCCGGCAGCGUCGACAACGUUCUGUUAGUGUGAUGGAGCGUAUUGCUCUCUCUAUGGAACAACAGGAGAAUGGGGGAAUGGAUAACAGUUUUAAUUCCCUCGGGGAUUCACCGGAAAAUGAAGAACGUGUACGUGCAUAUGAAGUGGCAUUCCGUAAUAUGAUGCAAGCAACAGAAUCCAGUUCAUUGGAUGAACUCACUACAAAGUAUGAAUUGGAAUACGCCACUCGAUUGCAAUUGCAGGAACAAAUACGAGUGGAUAAGAUCCAUUAUGAAAAGUUACGUGCGGAAGUACAGGAAUUAAAGAAUGGAGUACAGCAACGCCGACACUGUGGUCUUGGACUCGCACCUAUUACACCAGCAUUACGGGAUGAAUUGUUACUUUCUAUUGAAGAUGCCGAACGUAAACGUGAUGAGGCGAUGGGAACAAGUGCCCAAUUGCAGCAAUUACUGGCGGAGGUGAUGCGACGCGUGGAUGUAUUGGCGGCGGCACUUGUGGUUUAUCACCCAGAGGUGCAUUUCCCACCCACCCAACCAAACAAUCUCGUCACACAUUUACAACUACUACGGGAGAAACUAUUUUCAUUGGCAGAUGAGACUGUGGGACAUGACACGGACGAGACAGAGGUUGUGCCGGCAAUGGUCACUGUGCCCGCCAGCAACACACGUGUGCAUUUAACGCCACACGCCCACGCGACUUCCACAAGUGCCGUGUUGCCGCCCAGUCCCGAUAUGUUAACAGCCGCUGGGGAUAUAUUAGACGCCGAUGGCGGCAGGAUCAGCAGUGGGCGGCGAAGCAGCAGCAGCAGCAGCAGCAGCAGCCACGGCAGUUACGGCAUCGUGCCCAGCGGGGAAUCCACCGAGCGGAGUCUCUCCGUCUCCUCGAGUCCAUCGCACGAGGAGGAAGCCGCGAAGAGCGGAGGUCGGGCCAUCGCGCUGUUGGAUCUUGAUGAGCCACUCGGCCGGGAACAGAUUAAACGAUUAGCCGCUGUAGUGGUGCGGCGGGAAGUUAGACGAAGACAGCGGGAGGAGCGACAGCGUUAG